AUGGCCUCCGAUGAGCCUUACCUCGCGGUCAUCGACGGACUCAAGACCCUCGUGGACGCAGAGAACACGUCCAAAGAUGCGCUUGUCGUGAACACGCGCGCUUCGGCUCUCACAGGACGGCUCAAAGCCCUUGUUCGCGCAGCCAAUACCGCUACGCGAACUGCGAAGGACCUGACCGCGUCUGCGCGUCAAGACAUGGACCAAGCGCACCUGGGCCUCCAGAAUCUCAUGUAUGAAAAGCGUCACCUCGAACGCGAGAUAGAGAAGUGUCGCCAAUUCGCGACGGUGUAUCAGGACAUUCCGCUGCAUGAUCUGGAAGAUUUCAAAGUAUUAGCGCCAUUGGAGGCCCGAACAGAUCAGGUCCUUUCGGACGAACAUCAGCUCUUGCUCAAUAGAUUGAGCUUCGAGUUUGUGGAACGUCAGCGCCUGGAGCAAAUGCAAAAAGACCUGCUGCAACAAAGGGAAGAGCUGUAUAAGGAGAGUAAGGUCAAAGCCGUGACAUCCGACAAUGUCAAAACUCAGAUAGAGACCCUUAGUAAAGUUGCGGGCGAAGUGCAGAAGAAGGUCAACGAAUUUGUAGCGACAAUACCGAACAUGGACGUGGACACCCCAGGAUAA